ACGUCGAGCAUGUCAAUACUAGAACCACCUCUGACUAUCACUGAUUGCUUACCGCGUUCCCCCUUCAGUCGCGCUCCUCCAUUGGUUGCAUUUACAUGAGGGUGGGCUCUCUUUUCAAAGAGUUUGACGUGCACACUGGAGCCGAGAGAUGACUGGAAAGUUUUUUUCAGCACGACUUUCUGCGUUGUUUUCCUGAGCUUUGGCCACUAUUGUUGCAAAAGUGAGCGCUCGCCUCAACAAGUAGGCGCAUGGCCCCCGCGCACUGACGCACUCCGGUGCGCGCGCGCUCGCCUCGGUGCCCGGACCGUGGCGUAUCCCGACAUAUACCGUCGCGUGUCUAGCAUGAGGAAGCAUGGCUUGGUUUGAGCGCGGGGUUCAGACGCUGUUGGCCACGGUGGGGGCUUUCGCCGCCUUCAGCCUCAUGAGCAUCGCCAUCGGCACGGACUACUGGCUUUACUCGCGGGCGUACAUCUGUAACGGAACCAAUGCCACCGCCGACGAGACCCAGCCGCCGCCGCCCAGGAGCAGGAAGGGGGACCUUACGCACUCGGGACUCUGGAGGAUCUGCUGCAUUGAGGGCAUCAAUCAAGGCAGCUGUUACCGAAUCAACCACUUCCCUGAUGACAACGACUACGACACGGACAGCUCGGAGUACCUGCUACGCAUCGUGCGAGCCUCGAGUGUGUUCCCCAUCCUCAGCACGGUGCUGCUCAUGCUGGGCGGCCUGUGUGUCGGCGUUGGCCGAGUCUACGGCAAGACCAACAACAUCCUCCUCGGAGCGGGGAUUCUCUUUGUGGCCGCAGGUCUGAGCAACAUCAUCGGCAUCAUCGUUUACAUCUCGAGCAACGCCGGCGACCCCAACGACAAACGGGACGACGACAAGAAGUACACGUACUCCUAUGGUUGGUCCUUCUACUUUGGCGCCCUGUCCUUCAUCGUGGCCGAAACGGUGGCCGUCCUGGCCGUCAACAUCUACAUCGAGACUAACAAGGAGGUGCGCUGGCGGGCGCGGCGCGAAUUCAUCCGCUCCCUUUCGUCCUCGUCGCCGUACUCCCGCAUCCCCAGCUUCCGCUACCGCCGGCGGACGUCUCGGGCCAGCUCCCACUCCACCGAGGCGUCACGGGAGAACUCUCCUGUGGCGGGCCCCAAGGGGGCCGGGGGGACGUCCCCCGGUGGGCCCCUGGAUGAGCUGUCCAUGUACACCCUGGCGCGGGACAGCGUGACGGACAACGCGUACAGCCCCGAGCACGAGGCGGCCGCCGACUUCUUGCAGGUGCACAACUGUUUCCCCAACGAUUUGAAGGACAGCGUGAAUCGCAGGACCACGCCCGUGUGAGACGC